GGUGCAUGCAUAUGCAUGUGGACCCGAAAUCACAAACCUAUAUGACCCACGAAGUCAAUCAGUUACGGAUCCCGGUUAUUGCUCUUCCUGAUUGAUUGAUUGGUUCCCAGGCAAGUCUCGUCCAGUGGGCUGUUGGCUCAAUCUAAUCGAUCACCAUCGUCGAUUGCGGCUGCCGACUACUGCUCGAUCUGCUCUUAGCGAUGGCGGCGGACACGGCUGCGACCCGAUCGCCGGAGGAGCGAUCCAAGGCCACCGGCGGUGACGACGUUCAGGACGAGGAGAGACACGCCAAGAAGAUGAGGACCACUCUGGAAGGCGACGACGGCGACGAGGAGUUGGAGAUCUCGUCUCCGCUCCGCGAGCCCUACCUCCCCAAGGAGGUAGACAUGCGCGCCAACCCGCAUAUCCUCGCCGCCUAUAAGCUCGCCCGAGACAAAUUCCAUGAUAAACGAGAUCGCGAGGAGAAGCUGCUCCCCAUGCGCCUAUCAUCACGCUUCGGAUCGUCGCCCCUCCUCAUCCCCGAAUCCGGGAGGAAGGCCGUGCUCUCCACCGCCGGAUCCAUCAUCCGCCUCUCCUCCUCUCUCGGUGGCGAUCCGCUGGCACAGUCCGCCGGUUUCUGGAUCCACUGGGACGAGGGGAGCAAAACCGGCAUUGUCUUAACGACCGCGCAUCUGAUCCGCGCCAACAAGCCGCUGGCCAAAGACUACUGGGCGAAAAAAGACCGGUACCAGUAUCAUCCCGGUGCUCAAGUUACUGCUCACUUGCUCGACGACACCACCACGGAGGGCCGUCUGCUCUAUCACCAGGAGCAUUACGACCUUGCUUUCUUUAAGAUUGCAAUGGAUCAGAGUGUUCAAGUAGCCUCUUUCGCUGACACGUUCAACAGCGGCCAGCAGGCUUUGCGGCUCGGAAGAGAUGGAAAUUUGAUUUUAAGGAUAACUCUUGGCAAGAUGACACAAGGUGACUUCGUGCAUUUUUGCCGAGAUAAAAAAUACGAGGAGGCGGAGACACGGAAGAGAGAGAGUGCACGGAAUGGACCGGGAUAUACUUCAUACGCAUCAGUUCCCAAGUCUGAGUUACAUUCCGACGAUGGAGGAGAGCCGGUCAUUGACUUUGAUGGAAAGGUUGUGGGGAUGAUCAAUGAUUGUCAACGUGGGUCCUUUGUUCCUUUUUUCAUUUUGAAUAGGUGCAUGGAACUCUGGAGGAAUUUCGGGUGCAUCCCUCGGCCCCACCUUGGAUUGCAGUUUAAGGCCAUCAAGUUUCUAGAUCCCUCUCAUGUUGAGUACAUAUGGCGCAAGCUAAAAAUUGAUGAAGGUCUUCUUGUUGAAGAGGUGUCAAUGGGAUCUCAUGCUGAAAAAGUUGGAAUCCGAGUAGGUGAUAUUAUUGGCAGCAUUGAUGGAGAACGUAUUUCUACCAGAAUUGAGUUGGAAAAAAAGUUGUUGAGCAUAUCAAUGGGCAGUUUUCAUGGGGGAAAUGACAUUAAUGUCAAAGUGGACAUUUCUGUCCAGGUAUUUCACACGAACAACCGUCUUUGGAGGGAUAAACAUUUAAAUGUAAAUAUAUUGGAUCACCGAGAAGUUGUUGAACGAGCUUUUUAUCUCAUCACAAAUGGAGAAGGGUUUUCACCCCCUGUAUCACCUGACCAAGAUUAGUCAGAUUCGGAUUCGGACAAGUCACUUCGUUGUGCUUGCAAUAAUUCAUGUGAGGGUUUAUGUCUUCAAAGUAUUCUAUUUGUAAAAUGGAGGGAUAACAUCUAGAAUAAGACCAGAUUGUUUAGCCAAGUCCUAUAUUUCAAGGUCUUACGCAUGCCUAGAUAUUUAGGGGAGCUGAGACAAGAGUUUCAGUACUAAGAGGGGGAAUUAUGAUGUUGUGUUUGUGUGUGCUGCUAACCUCACCGCUCCUAGAAGAGGUUACCAUGGCACUUGUGUUGUAUGUAACCAAACAACAACACUUUGCAUCUCGGUAGAACAUGAUGCAGGCGACAAACAUAGGUGCCUAUGUUGCUGCUCGGACUGGCUAGAGGGGAUGCAGGCAAACAAACUAUGUGUAAAACAUGAUUUUUGACUUGCCACAGAUGCAAAGUGCCAAAAAUAACAAAACAUUCCUUACUUGUACUCAUCGGGUCUAUCCGCCUAAUACUGGAAAGAAAGAGAUUUUGGAGCAAGGAAAGGAAAGAAGAGGGGGGAAAGGGAGUGACCUCACUCAGAAGUGAUGGGCGAAGAGGUUAUAGCUCAGGCAACUUCAAAUUGAAUUGCAAAAAUGUCUUGUAUUAGAAACAUUUGUACUCCCUCUGAUCCAUAUUGCAUGUCGCAGCUUGGUACUAAAGUUG